GUGAAUCAAAUCAAUCAUCUUACUCUGAAGCCCUACAAUUUCGAACAAUCGGAGCGAAAUGAAGCGUUUGAUUCCAACAUUCAAUCGCAUACUUGUGCAGAAAGUUAUCCAGCCGGCGAAAACCGAAACCGGUAUUCUUCUCCCGGAGAAAUCCACCAAGCUGAACUCCGGUAAAGUGAUAGCGGUUGGACCCGGUUCACGGGAUAGUGACGGGAAAUUAGUACCGGUCUCGGUUAAAGAAGGCGAUACUGUGCUUCUUCCUGAAUACGGCGGUACAGAAGUCAAACUCGGCGAGAAAGAGUAUCAUCUGUUUCGGGACGAAGACAUCCUCGGUACAUUGCACGAGUAAAAUGCAAAGUAAGUCUCUGAGUCAGCUAGUGGGUUUCUUGGUGGCCUCGUUUGUGUUCACGGGAAUAAUAAUUUUUCAGUGACUCAUUUCGAUAAAUGUUGAAAAUUGAA